GACGAGCCGGUAUAUCGACAUCGUAUGUUUGUUCUCGCUUGACAUUACGUUAGAUGCCGGAGAAAUGUAUAAAAGAUUUUGACUUGAGCGAGUAACCAUCAGUUGCUCAUCAGGUAGCCAAGAAACCAAACCAAAAAAUAAAAUGAAACUCAUCGUAGUUGUGUUCGCCCUGGUGGCAGUAGCUGUCGCAGCCCCCCCAGAGCCACCAAAGAUCCUACGCAGCGACUUCAACCAGGAGCCUCAAGGAGGAUAUGUAUUCAGUUUUGAAACCGAAGAUGGCAUUACUCGUAACGAGAACGGCGAGGUGAAACAAGUUCUUGAUGAGGAGAAUAAGCCGCGUGAUGUUGUCAUAGUGCGUGGAUCCUACACCUACACGGACCCUGAAGGAAAACCCGAGACUGUGAACUACUACGCUGAUGAAACCGGCUUCCACGCCGAAGGGGCCUCCAUCCCGAAACCUGCAAGAAAGUAAAAAGCGACAUCUAUUGUUUAUGACAUAAUCGAUUAUUCGAAAUUACAGUCUUGAAUAAUGGAUUAUGCCAAAUAGUCUAUUGGCUAAGGCUGAUAGAUAUAAGUACUAAUGCCAAGUAUGUGCGUCGAUGCAUCCGCCGCAUAUUGUUGCUUGUUAUUAUUAUAACAGAUGCACACUGCCAUAUUUUUUACGUUUAUGUAUGUCAAUAUUUUGUUAAGUUUUUUUUUACGAAAUCGGAAUGUAAAUAAAUUUUGAUAUAAAUUAA